UCGCAGUGGUUAUUAGUGGAGUGGAAAAGCUGUUGUACAGGGCAGUAACAUAACUUUUACUUUUGUGAUUUCUUCUCAAGUUAGUUUAAGUAAAAAUGAGGGAAAUUGUUCAUCUGCAAGCUGGCCAGUGUGGGAACCAGAUUGGAGCCAAGUUUUGGGAGGUCAUCAGUGAUGAGCACGGCAUUGACCCCACUGGAACCUAUCAUGGUGACAGUGAUCUUCAACUUGAAAGGAUCAAUGUCUACUACAAUGAAGCCACUGGUGGUAAAUAUGUCCCCCGUGCGGUCCUGGUUGACCUUGAACCUGGGACAAUGGAUUCUGUCAGGUCGGGACCAUUUGGGCAGAUUUUCCGACCAGACAACUUUGUCUUUGGUCAAAGUGGUGCUGGAAACAACUGGGCUAAAGGCCACUACACUGAGGGAGCAGAGCUUGUUGACUCUGUUCUGGAUGUUGUGAGGAAAGAGGCUGAGAGCUGUGACUGCCUGCAGGGCUUUCAGCUCACCCACUCCCUGGGUGGUGGCACAGGCUCUGGCAUGGGUACUCUGCUUAUCAGUAAGAUCCGCGAGGAGUAUCCCGAUCGCAUCAUGAACACCUUUAGUGUGGUGCCCUCUCCCAAAGUGUCGGACACAGUCGUGGAGCCCUACAACGCCACAUUAUCAGUGCAUCAGCUGGUGGAGAACACUGACGAGACCUACUGCAUUGACAAUGAGGCACUUUAUGACAUUUGCUUUCGCACCCUGAAGCUCACCACUCCUACGUAUGGAGACCUGAACCACCUGGUCUCUGCCACCAUGAGCGGAGUAACCACUUGCCUCCGCUUCCCCGGACAGCUCAAUGCUGAUCUCCGUAAACUGGCGGUCAACAUGGUGCCUUUCCCCCGUCUGCAUUUCUUCAUGCCCGGCUUUGCCCCUCUCACCAGCAGGGGGAGCCAGCAGUACCGUGCCCUUACGGUACCAGAGCUGACCCAGCAGAUGUUCGACGCCAAGAACAUGAUGGCUGCCUGCGACCCACGCCACGGCCGCUACCUCACAGUGGCUGCUAUCUUCCGUGGCCGUAUGUCCAUGAAGGAGGUGGACGAGCAGAUGCUCAACGUCCAGAACAAGAACAGCAGUUACUUUGUCGAAUGGAUCCCCAAUAACGUGAAGACCGCUGUAUGCGACAUUCCACCCAGAGGCCUCAAGAUGGCAGCUACCUUCAUCGGCAACAGCACCGCCAUCCAGGAGCUCUUCAAGCGCAUCUCUGAACAGUUCACAGCCAUGUUCCGACGCAAGGCUUUCUUGCACUGGUACACUGGAGAAGGCAUGGAUGAGAUGGAGUUCACCGAGGCGGAGAGCAACAUGAACGACCUUGUGUCUGAGUACCAGCAGUACCAGGACGCCACCGCAGAGGAGGAGGGAGAGUUUGAGGAGGAGGGAGAGGAGGAGCUUGCAUAAUGUUCAAUGUUCUGUUUGUCUUCUGUUCUGUUUCCUUUUUAAUGUUUCACUGCUACCAAAAUGUAAGACCAACCAUAUUUCUUUAUAAACUUUUAACUUUGAUAGCA